AUGGCCACCAACGUGCUGUCUAGCCCCUUCAACGGCGAGCAGCGCGGCGGCGCCGAGGAGACGCGCCAGCGCAACCUGUCGCUCCUCGAGUCGUGGUCCGGUGUCAUCAACUUUGGCACGGCGGACCCCGAGGCGUCCGAGUGGUACGAAGCCAACCGCAAGACCAUUACGGAUCGCAUCGAGUCGCUCAAGACAGAGAGCUUCGCGAACGAGCUGACGGCUCUGUUGCGCGCCAACAAGUCGAUCGGCAUGAAGGGUGUCAGGGAUGCUCUGCGCGUGAUGCCCCCCGAGGAGAGGGACAGCAUCCUGAAGUACCUGCGCGAGUAAGCAGGUGUUGAGUAUGUGUGUGUGUACGAGUGAGAGAUGGGGGUUGGUGACUACUCAUGAUGCAUUUUCUUAUCGUUGCUAGACUGGGAUCAGGGUUGGGAUGCAGCAGGUGUUUGUUUGUAUGGCUAUUUAUGAAUUUCAUCUUUGUUCUGACA